CACCUGCCUUAUUUAGACACGUGUUUAGACUUUGUAUUCUAGGAUAAGGACGUCAUGGUGAGGUAUUUGCUCGGUUUCGAGUAUGUCGGCACUGCUUUUAGGGGUGCGUCACGUGUUGCAUCGGACUCGUCGAUUCCUGCAGUGCAGAAUGUCUUGGAGUCUGCUCUGGUAAAGCUCAAUCGCGCACAAGCUGUAAGGACAGCGCUGUCUAGUCGAACUGAUGCGGACGUUCAUGCGUUGUGUAAUACAAUGCAUGUGGAUAUAGACAGAGGAGUAGACAAGCCAGCUUAUUCACCUGAAACCAUUAUGAAUGCAGUAAAUCAUUACAUGAGAAAGGCAUAUCCCGUAAGAGUGCACACUGUCUACAGAGUUCCUGAUAAUUUUCAUGCAAGAUAUUUUGCCACUGGUCGAACAUACGUUUAUAGAAUUUCUGCCAACUGCAAGUUUCUGACUGUAUUUGAAAGGCAUAGAAGCUACAGCAUUCCUCACAGGUUGGAUGUAGAUGCAAUGAAGAGAGGAGCUGAGGUGUUUGUUGGGCUUCAUGAUUUCACCACAUUCUCUCGGGAGUCGGCGAAGACCAACAUGUGGAAGACAAUGGAAAGAGCAGAGGUGAGGGAUGGACGUGGAUAUGCUAUUCCAUCUUGCGAUGAUGAGACUCAAUAUAUUGAAUUGGAAUUUAAAUCCAAGUCGUUUCUCUACCACCAAGUUCGGUUGAUGACUGGUGCUCUUGUGGAUGUAGGCUCUCACAAGAUCUCACCAGACGAACUACGAAUACAACUCAAAGCUUGUUCUAGACGUUUGCCUAUUCGAAUGGCUCCUGGUUAUGGACUUUACUUGACUAAUGUCAGUUACAGUAAUCAUGAUAUAGUUUAUGGUACAGUGAGCAGUCACUUGGGACUGACUUAGAACAGAGAACUUACUCCA